CUCUCAAUGAAGAAGGAAGAGGUGAGUGCUUCAGCUCACUGACUGUUUAUCCGAACUCGAACCGAUUCCAGCUGCAGCAGGUUCAGGCAGCUGUCAGGUUGGAGCAACAACAGAUUUGUAUCAGGGCACAGCAAGUUGGUCAGUUUUUGUUCGUUCAGGAUGUUCAGGGUUCUGGAACCAAGACCAGGAAGAUAGAGGUUCUCAUUGGAUGGCAGAACAAAUCCAAGGAGCUGAUUGGCUCAGUCCUGGCCCCUCUGAAUAAAUGCAGAGCAGGUGUGGAACAGUUUCUUUGUUGGUUAUUGUUACUAAACGUACUCAUUUCCAAUUUCUUCCAGGUCAACAAUGAAAAUGUUGUCAAGGUUGGUCACAGACAAGUGGUGAACAUGAUCCGCCAGGGAGGAAACCAUUUGGUGUUAAAGGUUGUGACAGUGAGCAGGAAUCUCGAUCCAGAGGACACAGCUCGAAAGAAAGCCCCACCGCCUCCAAAGCGAGCACCGACCACUGCAUUAACACUACGCUCCAAGUCUAUGACCUCAGAACUUGAAGAUCUCGUGGAUAGAGCUACUUUACGGAAGAAACGAACGGAUCUUGAUCCAUCACAUUUAGAGGGUUUGAAGAGGAGGACUGCUUUUCAAACCACACUAAACAAACUCGAUGAAAUUGUGUCAAACUCCAAACAAUCGAGGGCUGCAGAAAAUGCAACACCGGACUCAAGAGUUGCAACGAUCAAACAGCGUCCUUCCAGUCGGUGCUUCCCUCCUGCACCAGAUGCAAAUUCAAUCUAUGACCGUCAGGGUAUUGCUGUUAUCCCACCGACAGUACCAGGGAGCCACAACAGUCCUUAUUUAGAAAUACCACGAGGAACAAUGCGAAGGCAGAAAUCCAUAGGUAUGUUGGAAGAAGAGAAACAAUUUUUGGCUCCCCCUUUACUAAAGUUUACCAGGAGUUUGUCGAUGCCAGAUACCGCUGAGGAUAUUCCCCCUCCCCCAUCGGUCUCCCCUCCUUCACCCCCUUACAGUGCACCGAAACCUUCUGCCCCUCGGGGUUACGGUACAAUACGGCCAAGUUCGAAUCAUAAUUCAGUGCUGAGAGGUCACAAUUCCAACCGGCCAGAAAGCACAGGUGCAAUCGGCACUGACCGACAGAAGAAAGCCAUGUACCACAGGCAGGAUUCGCAGCAGUAUUCCUUGGAUUCGGAAGAUCAGUACAAGCCCAAUGCUUCUUCACACCAGACUUUGAGAAACAGGAGGAGUAACAUGCCAGAGAACCCUUACUCUGAUGUGGGGGCCACAGCCAACAAAGCUGUCUAUGUCCCUGCCAAACCAGCCAGGAGGAAGGGCCAGCUGGUGAAGCAGUCAAAGGUCGAAGACAGCCCAGAGAAAACCUGCUCCAUCCCCAUCCCCACCAUCAUCGUCAAAGAGCCCUCCACCAGCAGCAGUGGCAAGAGCAGCCAAGGCAGCAGCAUGGAAAUCGAUAGCCAGGCCUCAGACCACCAAGGCCACCUUCGGCCUGAUGAUGGGAUCUGUAACCCGUUCGCUGCCGCCAUUGCUGGGGCAGUGAAAGACCGGGAGAAGAGGAUCGAGGCCAAACGCCAUUCACCGGCCUUUCUCUCCACUGACCUGGGGGAUGAAGAGGCUGGCCUCUUACCCAGCUCCUGCCUCAGGCAGUCCAAGUCCAUCGAUGAAGGGAUGUUUAGUAAUGAAGAGCGUUAUGGUCACCUCAUGAUCCCAUCAUCAAAAGCUAGUCCCAAUUCCAGCACGACAGAGCCAAGCAAUCCAAGAGUUCACGGCAGCUCCCGAAUACUCAAUGUUGCUUCCAAAAAGGAAGAGAUUGAGUGUAAUGCGGUGACUACAAAAGGUUACAGUGCGCCAAACAUUCCCAAUGCUAACAGUAACUACAUCCAUCCUGUCACUGGUAAAAAAUUGGACUCCAACACCCCUCUGGCCUUAGCAAUGGCUGCAAGAGAUCGGACCGUGAAAGAGCAGCCCCAACAAAUCACCAGCAAAGUGGAACCCAGCAAGAGUGAGAUCUCCAAACCACUCUACAUUGACACCAAGCUGAGAUCCAACAUGGAGAGCUCAGCUUCUGGCUCUCGCUCCACCAAACUGAGCCAGUCCUCCACCAAUCUGAGGAAAGAACUCAACCCCAAAACUGAAGCAGAUGGCGGGAAAGAAGAGAAGAAGAAAGUCCCACUGAUGGACGGGCUGGACAGUGCUGAGCACAAGGCACCGGGACUGCUCAUGGUGCACACGGAGCUUGGUGCCAAACCAGAAGAGACUGGCAAAGGGGGAAAUAAAGACAAUUCUUCAGCAACUAUCACCCCGGAGCAGCGGAAAGAGACGGAAACCUCUAAAGAACCCACCAAGACUGUCCUCACUGUCGGUUCGGUUGAUGAUUCUGGAGUUUUACCGUUCCGUAUCCCACCCCCUCCACUUGCCUCAGUUGAUGUGGAUGAAGAGUUCUUCUUUUCCGAACCCUUACCUCCACCGCUGGAGUUUGCAAACAGUUUUGAGAGCUCUGAGGAUCCCCCAGCUGUGCCGUCUCUCUCUGACAUGCUCAAACACAACAAAAACAGCUCUUGUGUCCCUUCACCAUCACACCAGAGCAAUACCACCUCAGGGCAUCCAGCUGCGAUCAAACCCAUCGCUCAGUCUGAUUCCUUGCCCACAGGCUUUGUCCCACCACGGGAGCCUUGUAACAGUGUGGCUGAUUCCGGGAUCGGGGAGAUGGACAGCCGCAGCAAUAGUGACCAUCACCUGGAAACGACCAGCACAAUUUCCACUGUCUCUAGUAUCUCCACCCUGUCCUCAGAGGCUGGUGAGAACAUGGACACCUUCACUGUCUAUGCAGAUGGGCAGACCUUCACUAUCGAUAAGCCUCCAGUUCCUCCCAAGCCCAAAGUGAAGCCCAUCAUCAACAAAAAUAAUGCAAUUUACAAAGACGCUUUGAUAGAAGAAACCAUGGAUGGGUUAUUCAUGCCACCACCUGCACCCCCUCCCCCUCCCAGUGGCAUCCCACCUGAAACCCUCAAAUCCCCGCAGCAGAGGAGCUCGAAGCUCUGGGGUGAUGGAGCAGAGCCGAAGGUCCCCGCUGUCACCGAUGCAAAGGCAAAUGUCAUUAGUGAAUUGAAUUCAAUACUGCAGCAAAUGAACAAGGAAAAGGUGCCCAAACCAACUGAGGCCUUGGAAUCUCCUUCAGGAACAAGAGGAGCAGUUUUUGGAGCAAGGUAAUAGCUCAGGAUCUCGACUGUGGAAUGCACAAUUGAUUUGAAUUGGGGAAAUUCGAGUUUUGACACACGAUGUAAUCAGUUAUGUUUCUUAAGGGCAAAUGAACAUAGUUGUAGAUUUCAAGCUUUAUCGAGCUUUAAAGCAGAGUGGGAUUAAUGGAUUUAAAAUGGAGGAAUAAUGGGGUAUUCAGUGGAACUAGCUGGAGCUGAUGUUAUAUUCACCAGGACGAUCAUAAUCUUUAUUUAAAACUGGCUGGGCCCCUGUUCACAUCACUGAGUGGAGUUUGAUGCAAGCAUCAACGUUGCUAAAUUGGGAAGGAGCCUUUCCCCAUCAACUGCAAAUUGCUGUGAUCCAACUGGCCAUUCGGCCUGCCUAGUUGAUACUGGUGUUUCUGCUCACUGCCUGCCAGCCUCCCUAACUCUAAUAACAUUUCCUCGGUUCCUAGCUUCCUCAUGUGGUGUCUACAUCGCCUCAAAUUGAGUUCACCUCAAUUAUUCCACAUGGAAGGAGCUGUUUCUGGAUUUGACUAAUUUCCAAUGUAGACUCGCAGUGGUCAGUCCUCCCCACUGACAAUAUGAGAUUGAAGAUUUCCUUCUAAAAUCAGUUCAAUCAACAGUCAAUUUUAGCUGAUGGUGUCACAGCAAAUUUGUUAUAACUUGCUAAUGGAAAG